AUGCACGACACUCUGACAACCUCGUCCCCCACGCGGACCGCCUCUUCCGCGAGCCUACUGAAUUCUGUGCUGAGUUCAAUCACUUUCCCCGAGGGAACCGCAUCGAUGACAUCCGUUAGGUUGGAAUCAGAAUACGCACCAGCUUCUGAUCGACGGGCACAAUAUGUCGAGUCUCGUCUUGAGAGGAGAAGCAAGGAGAAAGGAGUGCUUCGCGAAAAAUUGGGUUACAAGAGAAGGCGUCUUGGUGAUGAUCGUACAUGCAAAUCCAAGCUGCGCGAUCGUCUGACGAGCCUAGAACAGGCUCUCUCAGCAGACACGAAGGUCCUCGAAGAGAUUGACAAGAAAAUGAAGCAACUUCAGGCCGAGUACAUCUCGGUACAAGAGAAGGCUGCUUGGCACCAGAAGGAUAUCAGUUCGCUAAGUGAGCAACUCCAGCAUAAAGAGGAAGAUAUCCGCGCCCAACAGGCCGAUAUUGAUCAGCUGGAGAAGGAGCUGAAAAAUGCCUCAGAAGGUGAAAUCGCCAAAGUGGCUCGCCAAGCGGAAAUCCUGGACAUGAGUGACGCAGAUCUCACAGCUAUGGCGAUCCAUGCUAUGAAAAACCGUGAGUUUGGGAAUAAGAUUGAUAAAGCGGCACAAAAAAAGGCGACUUCAAUCAUGAUUAGGGACAUUCAGAGCGAAAUAUUUAGCAGAAUGACGGGCGUCACUCCGGACGAGUUCCAAGAACUGAUGCAGCAAAUCCAAUCGGCCAAAAAUGCGUUGUCUAGCGAGAAGAAAGGGGACAAAGAUGAUGGAAACAGAGACAACACCGAGCACACUGAGAAUGAUCGCAACAGUGUUGGAGCCCCCGACGGUGAGUGCAACAAUGUCGGUAAGCCGCAGGAAAGUCUCGGUGGCGGCGAAGACGAGGACGACGAGUUCAUGCACCCAAUCCGACGCGCACGCCAGUCAUUGAACGAGCACCCCCUCGGAAAAGCAGGAAAAAUGUCGGGUCCAGAUGUCAGACCUCCACAAAUCACCGUUUCGGCAACAUGGUCCAGUGGGCAACCAAGCAAACGUGGACACGACAAUACUACGGGGCCCGGUUGGUGA